AUGAAUAUUCGGAACUUCCACACAACUUCUGCACCCUCACUCAAUGACACUUCGGCCCAGCUCUUACUCCGCGCCCUCUACCUCAAGCUGAUAGCUGCACGUACAAGGCUCUCGGAUGAGGACAGCCGUUAUUUUGAAGGCCAUUGUGCCAGUCCUGUUGAAGCACUUUCCAUAGAUACCAGCAUCAAGGAUGUCAUCGCUCAUGUCCUACUGCUACCGAGUACACAUGCAAUUGUCCUCGAGAGCAAAAACAGAAACAACGCACUGGGCUGGAAUUACUUGUGCAUGACCCUAACGGCAGAUGUCGAUCUCUUGGAGGUUGCUUCGGGGCGUGAUGGUUUGGAAGCCGCUUCUGCAGCUCUGGUGCAUAUUGCCAAGUGGUCACGAACAGCUAGCGCUCGAAGGGCAGUACUCCACGCAGCCCAGGUUUUCGAUAUAUUGGACUCAUCCCGCAUUCGCGAGUCACAUCUUACUAGGCCAGAUCUGGUGCUGUUCGUCUCGGCUCUUGUGAUUAGCCAAUACGUUUUGGUGGCCAGCCCCAAAGAGGUUUGCGUUGAUGCGUCCCCGUUUGAGCUUCUUCAGAACAUCGACUGGACGGUUGUGAGGAAUGAGGGUCUUGCAGUUGCCUCGGAAACUAGUUUCUCUAGGACGACUAUAAAUGGCGAACAGCCCGUUGCAUCUAGCACAGCACGAUACUUUAUCCAAUACGGGGGUCCAAUAUCCUUCGCUGGAGAGGCACUAACCCAUGGAGAUGUUACCGCGAGGAAGAUAGUCAGGAAAUUUGCGCAUUUAAUGGGUGGUCUUGGCAUAAGGAGCGGAUCUAGCUAUUCCCAACUCUUGAAGAUAAUGUGCGACUCCAUGAUUCAGGAUAGCCUAAAGGACUAG